CGNNNNGCGGGGCCCCGCGGGUGGUGCGCGCGGGGCGGGCGCGCGCUGGUGCUGACGGCGCACCCCGAUGACGAGGCCAUGUUCUUCGCCCCCGCCCUGCUCGGCCUGCGCAGCGCCGGGGCCGCCCCCGCCGUGCUCUGCUGCUCCGCAGGAAAUUAUUACAAUCAAGGAGAAAUUCGUAAGAAAGAGCUGGAACAGAGUUGUUGUGUCCUGGGCAUUCCUGCUUCUGAUGUCACAGUCAUUGAUCACAGGGAUCUUCCAGAUGAUCCUGCUGUGCAGUGGGACACACAGCUCCUGGCCACCCUUGUCCUGGAGCACAUAGAAGCCAAGAACAUCAACCUGGUGGUGACGUUUGAUGCAGGAGGAGUGAGUGGCCAUGCCAACCACAUCUCUCUCUACACUGCUGUCAGGUACCUGCAUUCAGAGGGGAAGUUACCUGAAGGGUGCCGUGUGCUCGUGCUGGAGUCAGUGAAUCUCUGCAGGAAAUACAUUUCCUUCCUGGAUGUCCUCAUUUCCUGCCUCCUGCCCAGGGAUGCACUCUUCAUCCUCACAGAGGAGGAGACUGAACAAGCCAAGAGAGCCAUGAGGUGCCAUCGCAGCCAGCUCCUCUGGUUCCGCCAGCUCUACCUGCUCUUCUCUCGCUACCUGGUGCUCAAUUCCCUGCGCCUGCUGUGACAGGACACCACUCCCAGGAGCAAAGGAUGAGCAAAACCACCACUGCUCCAGGCCCAGGACUCAAGAAAGCUCCUGUGUUAGGAUGGGGUGCUCUUUGUGUGGCAUUCUCUGCACUACAAAAGCCAGGCUGGGUGAACCUCCUUCUCAGUACCUUGUUUCCUGAUACACUGAGAACAGGGUUAACAGUUAUUCUGUAUUCUCAUCAUAGAAGCUUAAAUAAGAUGAGAAAUUUGGAUUAACUUUAAUUGGGAGCCAAGCUCUGGAGGAUUCUGCACUGGAGAAGAUAUGGCACAAACUGUUUCCCCAAGAAGAUAGAGCUGCAAGGACUGCUUGGCAACUCUCCCUUGGUGCUUUUGUAAAACCCAGCUAUCAGGAGUAACUUUUCAAAGGUCAUGCUAUCUCCACAGAUACCAACAACCACAACACCUUUGUUAUUCAGUCAGAACUUUAAAAAGCCAAAGCUUUUGAAUAAAACAUCAGAAAUGAUGCAAUUUUUUCCUAAUUGUA